AUGGUUGAGCAGGCUCCUACACAGCUUACGAUUCCCGUUCGGCCUACUACGUCCACUCAAACGACAACCCCAACGCCAGGACCAAUAUCGAAUUUUCCUGUUGCAGAUCCACCGACAAAUUGGUCGAACUACUCAAAAGAAAAGAAAGUCCAGUGGCUGAAUGUUCAUGGACUCAAAUGUGACAGCACAGUAAAUCUUGGGGAUUGCUUUCGUUGCGGCGUCAAACUGUACGAUACAAUCGUCCUGGUAGUCAGAACGAUACUUGACAUUAAGGCACAGGUCAAUGCCAACCAUCCAGAUUCUCCGCUGCAGGAAGAUCUUCAAGUAUUUAUCGAGGCCUUAACAGAAGGCGUGAUGGAGCUAUUGUAUGCUGUCAACCAAAAUGUCUACAGUCUAGUCGCAAAUGGCCAAUUCGAGAAUGAAGCACAAGCAACAACUCCGGUAGUCAUUCCCGAGUUCCCGACCCUCAGUGAUGAUAACUCCCGGAAACCGCCUGAAUCCGGCAAGGUCUUUGAUACGUCAUUCUGGUGGAUCUUCGUCGAUACCUUGGACCUUCUCAUCGACAAAUGGCCAUGGCUGCAGGUCAACAGACCAGGCAAGGAAGUUACAUGGGCACAACUCAUACAAGAUACCAUACUUACUGGCCAGGAAUUCUUCACUGAGUAUGAGAGGCUCGGUAGCGGCAGCGAGCCUAGUGAUGACGAAGGCAGUAAUAUCUAA